GUCCAGGCCACGUUGGCCUCAUUCAAGCUAUGCGCAUCAUACAUGUAAACACGAGCAGCUUCUCGCUAUCACGCCUAACCAAAGUCCCAAUGACAAGCCAGAUCCUCAUACACGCAAUAAGCCCUAACAUCGCCUCGCUUCUUUUUGGCUUCUGACAUGACGCGGAAAGAGCUCUCCUUGGCGCGCGUGCUCGUCUUUGGGCUCCUCGCUCCCUUGGUGGCCGCAAUCACUAGUACUGAGGGCAAAAACAAGGAGAAAAUUGAUGCACCGUCAGCAGGUUCGGGAGAAGGUCUAGCAUACGAGCCUAUUCAGAAAGUCGAGGUCUACGCAGACAAUGCAACAGCACCAGCUUCUCGAAUUCCUCCCGUCGAGGGAUGGUGGGAUUCCAACAUCUGCUCGGGUGACUUCUGCGUCUACACCAACUGGCGGAUUGCCAAAGGGCGAGGACUCGUGGCUGUUACGAGGGCGGAGGAAUUCCAAAAGCUCGAACGCAUCGAAGACCACCUCAACCGAGGAGAGAACAAAUAUCUCCAGGACCCCGUUCCCUUCACGACGACCGAAAUCCUCAACAAGGGACCCGGCAUAACCGCCACACAAACCAUCCGCCGCGGCAAACCCCUUAUGGUCUGGUCGCCUGUGCUCAUGGUCCAUAGAUCUCUCUUCGACCAGGUGCCCAAGAAAAAGGAACGCACCCGCCUCCUCGAAGCAGCCAUUUCCUACCUUCCCGAGGCCACCCAAGCUACCUUCAACAAGCAGCGUCUCCGUCCCGGUGAACCCGACAUCACCUCCAACCCGCGCUCCGUCGAAGAGAUCCUCCUCGCCCAUCCGUUCGAAAUCGACCUCGGCUAUGCCGCGCGCAAGCUAGACGAGCUCAACCACUCCAAGCACUACGUCAACUACCCGGAGAUCUCCGUCCUGCAGCACGACUGCCGCGCUAAUGUGGCCACCUACAUCGACAACUCCUUUGCCCUGCGCACCACCGUUGCCCGCCGCGUGCAGGCUGGCGAGGAGCUGACGGUUACGUAUGUCGAUCCCUUCCUGAGCAGGGCCGAGAGGUCGGCGUGGGUGAAGCGGCAUCGAGUUCCUGCGCAAGGGACUGGGACGACCGAGGGCGGGGUUUGCCCGUGCAAGGCGUGCAGUCUGCCGGGCGGGGAGAAGGGCGAGGAGGCGGUCAAGGGGGAGAAGAGGCUGAAGGAGAUACUGGCGAUCCGGGCGGAACUGAGGAACCAUGAUAGUACCAAGGUGGACUUUGCCAUGAUUGAGCGGUUCCUGAUGUUGUACGAGGAAGAGAGGUUGCACGUCAAGCUUCUGGAGGCGUAUGAGCUCGCGGCGCUCAACUUCAACUAUCUCGGGGAUGACAAGAGGGCGAAGAAGUACGCGGAUUUGGCGGUGCAGGCGGGCAUUGUCGAGGGCGGCGUCGAGUCGAAUGAUGUGGUGGCCAUGCGGGUUAUGGCGAAGGAUAUCAAGGGGCAUUAUUCGUACCGAUAUACACUCAAGAGACGGGGCCUGUAACAGACACUAAGAUAAUGGGAGGGAGGGGUUAACGACAGGCGGUGAAUUUCGGUAGCCAAAUUGAACUACUUUGCCCUAUCCAACUC